AUGACGGCAACCGCCCGGCAGGACCCCUCCUUCCUCUUUCACGACAACAAUAACUUUCUCUACCUCCUCUCAGGCGAGGACACACACCUCCACAUCCGUAACGCCCACAACACCCAUCUCUACGCCUCGAUUCGCGUGUUCACCUCUCAGCCUAUCCAGGGCGUGUGCGUAUGCGCCUCCUCUCCGCUGAGGGACACCACCGCCACCACCACCACCCUCACAGAUCCAGAUGUCCUGGUCUGGGGUGGACCGUGGGCUGCUGUCGUUCCUGGGGCAGAGAUUGCCCGCCUGCUGAGCCAGUAUGAGGCCCAAGGCCGACCCCAGCUCCUUGAGCUUCUGCCGCCGUCAUUGUCGUCGCGGCCAGGUGUAGGAGGAGACAGAGGUGGCAGGGGUGGUGCAGUGAUUCAUGCUGGGGACUGGGUGUACGCCGGUGCCCUGUCGCCUCGGACGGCUGGGCUCGGGGCUCUCGUCACGGCACACAACGAGGUAAUUCCGCUGCGGAUAGUUUACCCUGCACCGGGGGUCGUGGCCCUGCGGCGGGGCAGGGUGCGGGCUCCACCUUCGUCGAGACCGAUCUUGUACUCGGCGCAGCUGCGGUGGAUGGUUGAGGAAGGCCAAGGAAAGAAGGAGGAGGAGGAGGAGGAGGAGGAAGAAGAUUCGGUGCUGGUUGCGGCGGGCACAGCGUUUGGGGAGAUCGUGGUGUGGCGAUGUCGGGUGGGCGGGGAUGGUGAAAAGGAAGAGGACGACGGGGUGGAGGUUCUCUACGUGCUGACAGGCCAUGAGGGAAGUAUCUUUGGUGUGGACAUAUCCCCAGACAUCGUCAUAGCCGCGGAGGAGGAGGAUGACGAUAAAAGGAAGGUGAAACCGCGGCAGAGGCCGGCGAGGCUGCUGGCCAGCUGUAGCGACGACCGCACGGUACGCGUGUGGGAUAUCUCGGACACCACGGCGAGUGCGAGUAGUGGUGACGGUGGGACUGUGAUGGUGGGUGCGGCGACGAGGAGCGCUGCGAUUGAGGCGAGGGAGACGGGAUUUGGGGAGAACGAAGGGUCGUCUGAUCUUGAAGCUUGCUCAAGACAUGUAUCGUCGAUGCCGCUGGCUGUGGCCAUGGGUCAUGUUUCGAGGAUUUGGAAUGUGCGGUUUGCGCCGAUGCUGGGGCCGGCGAGAGGAGGGAGGUGUAGCACCAGCAGGAGAAGAAGGAGGAGGAUGGCAGUGUACUCGUUUGGAGAGGAUGCUACCGCGCAGAGGUGGCGGCUUGAUGUCGGUGGCGGUGAUGGUGCCGACGAUGGUCUGGAUGUGGAGAUCACGCAUGAGGCUUUGAUACAUAGGCACGGCGGCAAGCACAUCUGGUCAACCAAGGUGCUUGUCGCCACAGGCGGGAGUGAUGGCAAGAUCAACAUCGUGGAAGACUCUCUGUAUGGGGGCGAAUCCGACGGCCGCUCGGUGUUGCUUGACAUUUCUGGCUCAGCAGUUGCGCGGCAGUUUCCGACUCGUGAUGGCGUGCCCGAGGAUGAGAACGGGAACGCUGAGGGUGCAUCACACGCUGUCGCAACAGAGACCAAAGGAAAGAGGACUUCUGUGAAAGACGAGGAGGAGCCUUUCAUGAUGUAUGCUCUACUGUCCGACUCCUCCAUCAUCGCUACGACACCGGCUGGGCGCAUCUUCCACGGCGUGUGGAAGGAUGAAGGCCAAGAGGUACAAUGGACGGGAGUGCCUAUGCCAAUACAAAUACAAGACGACCUGCGACGGUACCAGAUCGUCCGCAGCGUGGGCGAGCCCGACAAGGACACGGUUCUCCUGGGCUCUGCAAGUGGAGGGUUAUACAGGUACCGGCACGGACAAGUUCAGCUGGUGUGCAAGAUGGCGAGAAAGAUUGCAGAUGUGUUCCCACUACCUAGCGACGACGACCUUCUGGUGUCAAUUUCUGAGGGGCUCGGCAAGUCACAUCUCACACCAGUUGUUGUCCUAACCAUGGGCAGUCUGCAUGUCAGCCUGCUGGUGCUCGACCUCACCUCGGACAGGGAUGAUAUCCUACAGGGAGAAUACACAAUCGAGCUGGAAAAAGGCUUCACACCCACAGCAGUAGGCUUUUGCCAUGGCCACCUCAUCUUGGGCUCACGCCUCGGGGCCCUUCUGCUCUACAGGCCAUCAUCGUCAUCCACGACUGCAAACACCACAACAGGCAGCACGACCUUCGAAAAGAUAGUCCGCAUCGACCGGCCCUUCACCAAAGACGCAGUCUCCUCCAUUAUUUGCCUCCCGCCACCACCAACAACACCAGCCGGCACCCCGUCAUCAUCGUCCCCUUAUUUCCUCACCACCUCCCGUGAUGGUCGCUACCGGAUCUACGAGUUCACCACUACCGCCAACCCGGUAGUACACCUCCGCCACGAGGCCGUUCCGCCUCUGGGACCCAACAUCGAGUCCGCCCUCUUCACAACAUCCUCCUCGUCCUCCCCUCCCGAGCUCGUCCUCGCAGGCUUCCGCUCGCGGGACUUCGUCGUCUGGAACGAGACCCGCCAGCUCGAACUAGCUCGGGUCGAUUGCGGCGGCGCUUAUAGGUCGUUCGCACACCGUAUCAACCCUUCCGACCCGGCAAGACUAUCCUUCGUAUGGACCAAGGCGUCGCGCACGUGUGUGUUCUCUCAGGCGGCUCUGCCGCGGCGCGUGGUCAAGGGUGGUGGGCACGGGCGGGAGAUCAAGGCUGUGGCAGCGGUGGCUGGUGGGGGCUUAUUGGCCACGGGGGCGGAGGAUACCACGCUGCGGAUAUGGAGGUAUGAUAAGGAUGAAGAUGAUACAGGCGAGACGGCGUUGUCGUGUCUUGCUGUUGUGGAGAGGCAUACUACGGGGAUCCAGUGUCUCAAGUGGGCUGGGGAGAAGUACCUGGUCAGCAGCAGCGGCAACGAGGAGCUGUUUAUCUGGCGGGUCACGCAGCUGGGUAGGUCGGGAUAUGGGGGGCUCGCUGUGGUCUGCGAGGGGGUUUAUCCGGACAAGACCAAGGACGGCGACCUCCGGAUCACGAGCUUUGAUGUCGAGGUCGAGGCCCUGCCACAGGCCACCCUGGGCGAUGAUGAUGAUGAUGAUGAUGAGCUGAAGGAGGACGAAGAAGAGGUCCUGAUCCUGUCCCUGGCACUCUCGAACUCGACGCUGCGUACUUACAGAUACUCUAAGACCGGAGGGUUCAGGCUCCUGGCGAGGGGCAGAUACACAGGUGCGUGCCUGAUGCAGAUUCGGCACCUGAGGAUCACGGAUGCGGCCGCCGAGGUUCAUGUCCUGACGGCCUCGACGGAUGGACAUAUUGCACUGUGGAAAAUGUCUGCAGCGUCUACGUCGGAGGGUACGGCUGCGGCUGCGGCCGAAUUUGCCCUGACAGAGGUGCUUAGACUGCACCAGAGCGGUGUCAAGGCGCUGGAUGCAGUCCCUAUUUCUCCUUCUCUUCCCGAGGACGACGGCGUUGGAGCUCAAAGACGUCAACCCACUUCUUCCUCCUCCUCCUCCUUCUACGCUGUUCUGACAGGUGGCGACGACAAUGCCAUUGGUCAUCUACACCUGGAAUGGGACCCCACGGCCAGACACUACGUCGUCACCUCUCGCUCUCUCGCAAACGGUACGCAUGCGGCUGCCAUCACGGGGCUGUGCAUCACGGGCCUCGACAACCUGGCGGCUGGGAGCGGCGCAUACCGGGUAAAGCUGUGCACGGCGAGCAACGACCAGCGUGUGAAAGCCUGGCGGGUUGAUGUCGAGGAGCGAGGGAAGGUCAGGAAGGUUGCUCUGGUGGAGGACAGAUAUAGUAGUGUUGCGGACUGUGGGGAUGUGGCGAUGGUGCUGGGUGCGUCUGGGGGGAGGAGGGGAAUCGUGGUGGUUGGGGUUGGGAUGGAGUUUUGGAGCUUGUAG